AUUCUGCUCUUGUGCCUCAAGAACUGAACGCCUUGCACGAUAAACGUCAAUACCUUGAGUUGAGAAAAUUUUUAUUUGAAGGUGAUAAUGACUGCCCUCGGUGUGGUUGAACAUCUCAGGAACUUAGCGGCUGAUCCACAAAACAGAGCUACCAUAGUUAAAGAUCAGGGGUGCCUAGCAGGACUGGUUUUAUUUCUAGACAAUGAAGAUGUCAAUGUAGUUAACACAGCCCUUGAGGCGUUGAAGUUUUUGUCAGAAUUUCAACCCAACCGUUCGAAAAUGAAGGAAGAAAUAGGCAUGGUUAUCAGCUUAAAAACCAUCAUGCACAAGGAGGGUUAUCACUCCAAAGCAAGACAGCUUGCAAAGGAGGUUUAUCAAAAUAUCAUUUCAACUGUGAAGACACCUUCGAGUAGAAGAGCCAGUGAGACAUCACAAUCGUUUUUCCUUGGAAAUUUGAACAAGAGAGCUAAAGUGGUUACACUUCACAUCAAAGGCUUGGCAAAUCAGGUCACCAGAAAGCUUUGUGAGGAGGAAUUACUGAAAGUUAAAGGAGUAAUAAGCUUUACAUUUGUUAUGAAUAAAUCAAGAUGUAUUGUCAGAUGUAAAGUGGAGCUAACACCAGAAACACUGUGUGAUGCUAUCAAUAACACAAAAGUUCUGUCAGCUCAACAAGUGAUCAAGAAUGAAAGAGGAGAAGAGGUGAUGUUGUCAUUUGGCAAAGCUCCUGCUAAGAGUUGUGGAAGGGGAAACAGCAGUACAUUACCAGACUAUCUGCCUGAAGAUGAUGAAGAUACAGUCAUCUCUGAUAAGGCAAUCACAAGAGUUGGAGAUGACAAAGAAAAUGGGUGGUUUUCUAGCGUUACAAGCUUUUUUAGCAAGACAUUGUAUUGGUAAAAAAAGCCAGGAAAGAAAAUGAGCAGAUUGAAAUGUUUUGUAAAUAUCACUGUGGAUGAAAACUAAAUUUAAGUUCAACAUUUUGUAAACUAUUUAGAAAUUUGUAUUGAAAUCCCUCAAUCUUUAUUGCUCUUUUCCACCAAUUAGUUUUUGUGAUUUUGGAACUUGUGUUGCAGUUUAAUAGGCUUGAAAUACUCUCAUAUUUAGUUGAGCUGUUACUUGUAAAUUACGACUUUUGGAUAGUAUGAACUCUUACAUAAACUUUGGUUGAACAGAUUAAACUCAAGAGAGCAAUCUUUUUUAAAUGU